AUGUUUUAAAAGAAUCUUUAUUAAGAGAUUAAAAUAGAGACUUAUUACUUAAUAGUUAAUAGAGCAUAUGGUUCUGAUUAAUCUUGUCUUAAAGUUAGAAACACUAAUCUUGAUUAUGAUUCCAUUGUGAAUGAUACUCAAUUAUUAGAAUAGCAUUUAUUAGAAUUUAAAUAAAAACUAUCAAAUUCACUUAAUAUUUCAAUUGAUUAAAUUGAAAUUUUGGGAGUAUCAAAGGGAAGUUUUGAAAUUAAUUUUUAAAUUACAGGAAAAAGUAUCAAUGACAUCCAAUAAUAGAUUAACAAUAAACCAGAAGCAUUAAAAUUUUUGAAGGAAUAUUGUAAUGGCAAAAUUGAAUAGAUAGCAUAUUUUGAUUAAGUAAGUGCUAAUGGAAUCAGACUUUCAUCUGAUGAUUUUAAUCCUUCUUACAAUAAGAGUUGGGAUAUUUACCCUGAGAAAUAACAGAGAGGUCCUCCUUAUCACAAAUAUGAUUAUUAUUUUCCAAUAGGAUGUUAUGGAUUUGGAUUAAAUGUAGCAAAAUAUGGAUAUAAUUAAGAUUGGAUAUAAAAGAAUGGUAACCAGAAUGAAUGGAGGAUUAUGUAUCAUGGUACAAAACAACACUUUGUUAGUUCAAUUGUGAAAACUAAUUUAAAACCUGGUAGCAAUAAUAGUUAUUGUGAUUAACUAUGUUUUGAUGAAUUCAACAACCAAGUGAAGGUAGGGAAUGGAAUUUAUUUCUCAGAUAAGAUUGAAGUUUGUUUUGGAUAUACUAACUACACUUAAAUUGGUAAUAAACAAUUCGCUGUGAUCUUUAUGUCAAGAGUCAACCCAAGAGAAAUUAGACAAAGCAAAGAAAUGAUUGCUUAAAGAUUUUUCGUAAUCAAUAAUUCAGAAGAUGUUAGGCCAUAUAGAAUUUUAUUACAUUAAAAAGAAUGA